AUGCGCCCAGUACAUCUCAUCAUUCUCAUCCACGGUCUCUACGGCGAUAUCCACAACCUCCACGCUGUCAAAGGCGAGCUCUUGGCCUUGGCGGAGCCCCAAUUGUCAAGCGCGACUUCGCAGGACUUUGAAGAGAAGCUCGAUGAAGCUGGAUCAGGCAAGGCCCAAGAUGGGCUGGAGACGGUUGUGUAUCUGCCCAAGACGAUACCGGGGGCCAAGACAUGGGAUGGGAUUGACGUCUGCGCGGCAAGGGUGGCUGAUGAAAUAGAUCAAGAGAUAGAGAGGCUGCAGGAUGAGGACAAGGAUGUGGUUGGGUUCAGUGUGAUGGGAUACUCUCUUGGGGGAUUGAUCUCGAGAUAUCUUAUAGGUUUACUGCAUGCUCGCCAACCCUCGUUCUUUGCCAGACAUAAACCUGUGUCAUUCUCCACAGCAGCCACUCCCCAUCUGGGUGUGCUCAAGUAUGGCACUACUACCAACACGGUGGUACACACUAUAGGACGAAGGCUGUUCAGCCAGACGGGCAAGCAACUGUACAAUUUGGAUCGGGAACCCGAAUGGGCUGGGAGGGGUUUGUUGGAGGUCAUGUCAGAUCCCGACAACAUCUUCAUACAAGCUCUGAAAUUGUUCCCGAAAUCGAUGAUAGUCGCCAAUGGAACGCAAGACCUGACAGUCCCAUACCCUACAGCCACCUUUUCCCUCACCGACCCAUUCGCCGACCCCACAUCAAUAGACGUCGAAGUGAACGACCAACACAUCGUACAGUCUUACCGCCCUUUAUCGCCCGCAUCGCUCGAUCGUUCAAGCUCUCGGUCGAGUUUGCUGACGUCAAGAAGCAAUAGAAGGAUGAAAGAUGGGAGCGAGUCGGCAGAUGAAGAGGAUGUUGAGAUUAGUGUUACGUCUUUGAGGAGUAAAGGCGAUGAGAGAAAGAGGCCGCCUAUACCGCCCUUUCUCAUUUUACCUCUGCGGUGGCCCUUCAACUAUUCUCUUAUUCUGUUUGUGCCAUUUCUGCUUCCCAUUUUGUUACUAUACAUUUCCAUCAUCGUCAUCAUCCAAACCUUCCACUCGUAA